AUGCCCAACAGCAGCUCUGUGAGUGAGUUCCUCCUGCUGGCAUUCGCAGACACACGGGAGCUGCAGCUCCUGCACUUCGCGCUCUUCCUGGGCAUCUACCUGGCUGCCCUCCUGGGCAACGGCCUCAUCCUCACCGCGGUAGCCUGCGACAACCGCCUCCACACCCCCAUGUACUUCUUCCUCCUCAACCUCGCCCUCCUCGACUUGGGCUGCAUCUCCACCACUCUCCCUAAAGCCAUGGCCAAUGCCCUCUGGGGCAUGAGGGCCAUCUCCUAUCAAGGAUGUGCUGCACAGGUCUUUUUGUUUGUAUUUCUGAUGUCAACAGAAUAUUCCUUUCUCACUGUCAUGGCCUAUGACCGCUACAUUGCCAUCUGCAAGCCCCUGCACUAUGGGAGCCUGCUGGGCAGCAGAGCUUGUGUCCAGAUGGCAGCAGCUGCCUGGGGCAGUGGCUUUCUCAAUGCUGCCCUGCACACGGCCAAUACAUUUUCCCUGCCCCUCUGCCAAGGCAAUGUUGUGGACCAGUUCUUCUGUGAAGUUCCCCAGAUCCUCAAGCUCUCCUGCUCAGAAUCAGACUACUCCAGAGAAGCUGGGAUUAUUGCUUUUAGCCUUUGUUUAAUUUUUGGUUGUUUUAUUUUCAUUGUGUUGUCCUACGUGCAGAUCUUCAGGGCAGUGCUGAAGAUGCCCUCCGAGCAUGGCCGGCACAAAGCCUUUUCUACAUGCCUCCCUCACCUGGCUGUGGUCUCCCUGUUUGUCAGCACUGCCAUGUUUUCCCACCUGAAGCCCCCCUCCAUCUCUUUCCCAUCCCUGGACCUCGUGGUGUCAUUGAUAUACUCAGUGGUGCCUCCCGCAGUGAACCCUCUCAUCUACAGUAUGAGGAACCAGGAGCUCAGGGAUUCCUUGAGGAAUCUGAUGCCUUGA